CCCCCACACGAAGUCGGCCAUAUUGGAUAGUGGUGCUGGCUGGCCACGGAUUGCCAAGUGCGAAGGCAGGAAAAGGAGCGAGCCAGGCGAGCAAGAGCGAAAAGCAGCCCGUGUUUCGACACCGCUCGUGGCCGACAUGAAGGCGGGCAGUUGAGGGCCCGAUUCGGCACGCCGCACAGCCCAAUUAGCAGGUGAGAAGGAUGCCAAAUCCGCCGCCCCCGCCGCCUCCGGGGCCGCCGCCCCCGCCCACGUUCGUAGCGCCGAGGCCGGCGGCCGACGACGGCCAGGCGAGGAACAUGCUGCUGCAGUCGAUCCGCCAGGGCGCCAGCCUCAAGAAGGCCGUCACCAACGACCGCAGCGCGCCCACAGUCGGAGGCCCGAAAAAGAGUCCGCCAAGCGGCGGUGGGUUUAACUCUCGGAGCAACGGUCCAGCGGCGGCGCCAGAGCCGUCGAGGAACAAUGGCGGCGGCGGCCCGUUGGACAUGGCCAGCCUGUUCGCCGGCGGCAUGCCAAAGCUGCGCUCCACCGGACGCAACAUAGGUGCAAGUACGAGGAGCCGCGAUGACAGUAUUGAUAGCGUUAGGAGUAACACUGAUAGCAGCCCUGUGAUAACCAGUCAUCAGAAACAAAAAAGCUUGGGGAGCAGAAGAGAGAUGACCCCUGACUUGAAAAACAGAGGCCCUCCCCCUCAGCCGCCUCCCUCAAACAAAAAGCCGACCAUGCACGUGAGCACGUCCGAUACAGCGUUGACGGCGUCGAGCCCGUCGAUGAGCCAACGCAGCGCGGCGCCGUCGCUGCCGAGCAAGCCGCCGGUCGGCGGGCACGGAAAGCCCAACUACGCGCCAAGACCGCCCGGCCAGUACAAGACGGCGCCGAAACCGUCGCCGCCACCAAAGUCAACCAACGCCAUGCAGGUGGGGAACGGGCCUCCUUCGCUGCCGUCGCGGCCGCCGAGCGUGGGGCGCGCGCACAGCAUGCGGACGCCGCGCUCUCCGUCAGCGGACAGCAGCCCGUCGCCCGAACUGGGCGACUACCGGGCGCACCAGCACUUCCAGUCGCAGGAGGGGCUGCACCACCAGGUGUCGAACGGCCUGCGCAAGGCGGCCGCCCCGCCUCCGCCGCCCCCGGGCUCUGGGCGGAAUCCGCCCCCGCCGCCGCCGGCCAAGGCGAAACCGCCGUCGGCAAAGCCACCGCCGCCGCCCCUCGGCGCGCGCGCCACCCCUCCCGUGCUUCCACCCCCGCCGCCCCCGACGGCGGCGCCCCCGCCCCCCAGCUCCGCGCCCCCGCCGCCCGCUACGGCCCCGCCCCUGCCCCCGCACCGUCUUACGGCCGCCGCAGCCGCCUCCGGCCAGCAGAAGAGCCAACCUCCGCCGCCUCCUUUGAGCGUGCCCCCGCCACCUCCAGUCAGAAACUCCUCCAUGCGCAACGGAGGCGUCCAGGCCAAUGGUAAAGAAAGCAAAAGCUGCACCGCGGCGCAGGGCCGGCUGAUCGCGCUCUCUGUGUCCGCAGGCGACGUCGAGGCCAGGUUCAUGCACAUGUUCCACAAAGUGCACGACUUCCCGGCCCCGGAAAAGUUCCUCAACGUGCCCAAAGUGUACAACAGCAGGAAUGAUUCGCCUUCGUCGUCGCACGGAUCCUCGCGGCUAUCCGAAAUGCACGCCUGGGACGACGUUCAUGCAUCGAAGCAACAGGCGCCGCAGCCGCCGAGUACGCACCUCCAGUUGAGCAACAAGAUGUGGGCCAACGACACCUCGACGUGCUGAUCCUCAUUCCAUAUCUCCAUGUUUGUGUUUCUCUCCCUCCCUCUCGACACACAUCAACAAACAAGCAAACAAACAAAAACACAAAGUGGACGCGCUCGCUCUCGUUUCGACUAAUUUAUCCAACACUAUUAUUUAUAAUAUUCAUCAGCAGUAUUUUACACGACACAUUUAUUCUCUAAUUAAUUAAUUAUUCGUCACGUGCGUCGCGAGAGACUGGAAAUGAAAAAUGAGAAUUACACAGAAAUUGUGACAAGGGCCGCAAGUGUUCGCAUGCCAAGGCGGCCCCGAUGAAACAAAACAUUAUUUUGAAAGAACUGAACUGUGUAAUUAGGUGGGUAGGUUUUUUAAAAGCUUCUCUUGAUAACGAACGCGGCCCUAAAACCCUUAAUUAAUAAAUUAACCGUUGCUUUCGGAAUCCGAACGUGAAGUACAAAUUUUGUCGCAAUAUAUAUUAAUCCGUUUCACUCACUGGGAAGAGGAAAAAAGUAAGCAAGAAAGAAAGAAGGAGUGUCCAUUCUAAUUUGACCACGCUAGUCUUUAACUGGUAAUUAAUGUAACUGAAUGGCGCCCACGACACACAAACCAUGCUCCAUUGCUAGUGCCUAAGUGUAAAUACGUCAAAUAAAUAAAUCAUUAUUAAAUUUCAAGAGUAAAAAUCUAAUAAAAUCGCUAUUCUGUACAUACUGAUUGUGAGUAAGAGACGAAUCCUGUUAAUGAGAAAGAAAACGAACGCAAAAAGUAUUCCAGUGUAACGAUAUGUAACAAUUAUUUUUAUUCUAAUUAUAGCCAUCUCCUGUUAAAACAAAAA